AAAAUAAUUAAUUAUACACGAGUUGUUGGUACAGUUGAAAUAAAGUUCGAGGUAUCAAACUUGGAAAAAAGGAAUGGGGUGGAGGAAAAGAGGACAAGAAAAAUAGGUGCAUCCGCAUCAGAUGCUGAUAGGAAAUUAUUAAAACACUGAAACACGGAUACGAAAAGAGUGAAUAACUCCAACUGCAUAGAAAAAGCAGCGUUACCUACCAAAUUCAGCACUAACUUAAUUUUCACUUCCAACCACUCGUGUUUUUAUUCAACUUUAAUUUGGUAAAUUCCCUGCAACUCAGGUGAGGGUAUGAGUCAAUUUCCUUUUGCCUAUUUAAAUUGGCUUGCCCUUCUCAGUUUCCUCUGGAAAUCCCCUCUCUGUCUAUAUAUCUGUGUGAGUGUGGCGGUAAGUGAGAAUUUUUAGGGUUAGCUCACCCGCACGGUAUCACGAGCCUUUAUUGACCUGGAAGAGAGAAGGUACAAAUUAAUGGGUCGAUCUCCUUGUUGUGAGAAAGAGCACACCAACAAAGGGGCAUGGACAAAGGAAGAAGACGAACGCCUUGUUAACUACAUCAAACGACAUGGUGAGGGGUGUUGGAGGUCCCUUCCUAAAGCUGCAGGUUUACUCAGGUGUGGAAAAAGCUGCAGACUCAGAUGGAUAAACUAUCUCCGGCCGGAUCUUAAACGAGGAAAUUUCACUGAAGAAGAAGAAGAAAUCAUCAUCAACCUCCAUAGCUUACUUGGAAACAAAUGGUCUCUUAUUGCUGCACGAUUGCCAGGGAGAACAGAUAAUGAAAUCAAGAACUACUGGAACACACACAUAAAAAGAAAACUCCUACACCGAGGUGUCGAUCCCCAAACACACAGACCACUCAACUCAACAACAAAAAAACCAAAUCCGAACACAAAAGUUUUGAUAAGCAACCAAGAAAACAACCUAAGACAAGUCUCAGAAAUAGCUCAAACGUUUUCUUUGCACCCAAUCAAUGCAUCAGAAGAUCAAGUCAUGAAAAACUGUAUCAGUUUUAAGGUAGAAAAUGAUUCAGCAGAAGAGUUAAAUGGCAGCAGUGUAUUGUCUGAGGAAUUGCACCCACAAAUUAACCUGGAACUCACCAUUAGUCUACCCAAAUCAUUUGGAAAAUCUGGUAUCAAAUUGAAGCAAGAAAAACAACAAUUUGAAGACCAGACCUUCGGAACAUUAAUGUCUCCACCAAGUGUUACACAGGCUGGGUGUUUGUGUUACAAUUUAGGGUUUCAGAAUGGGAAUGCAUGUAAUUGUAAAUCCAUGAAAAACGUGAAAACUGAUGAUAUGCAGAGAUAUUGUAGACCCUUGGGUUGAUGACCACUAAUUUAAACCGUCUUUGGCCUCUGUUUUGUACUUCUAUGUUACUCCAUAUAUACUUGCUUAAGAAGAUGGAGUUUAAUGAAUCCAGCUACCUGUAGGCCACAGUUUGAAUUCGGAGAUUUUUGCCUUUAUGUUUUCUAGCAACAUGGAUCAGAAUUAGGUGAAAUAAUCAGAGACGAAGUUAAUAGACUGACAGUUGCAUU